AUGACUGAUUACUCCUCAUGGAAGGUCGCUGACCUGAAGACCGAGCUGAAGAAUCGUGGUAUCCCUCAAACUGGCCUGCGCCUCAAGCAACAGAUCAUCGACAAGCUUGUCGAAGAGGACGGCAAGCCGCAAUCAGAGGGAGAUGCUGUCACUCCAACUGAACCUGAGCCGGAGCUUCAAGCUGAACCUGAGGUAGAGCCUGAAGCUCAGCAAGCACCUGUCCCAGUGACUGCUCCUCCAGCGCAAGAAUCGCAACCUGAACAAUCACCCGAAGAACCCAAGCAAGAAGAACCCUCAAGCCAAGAACCCGCGCAACCUACUCCUACACGCGACCAAGAAAAGCUAGAGGACAACGCAACUGCGGAUUCCCAAGCGCCCACUGAAGAGCCACUCAAGAAAGAGGAGCCAACCGAAGAGUCAGUCAAUGAUGAUAAGCCACCUGAAGAUGUGGAAAUGACAGAAGCUGCGGCGCCUGAGGAAAAGGUCGUAUCGCAACCAGCUGAGCAAGCUCCCGAAGAUUCCGAGCCCAAAGCUGUCGAGCCUUCAGUCCCUUCCCUUCCCCAGACAUCCGAAACGAAUACUGGAUUAUCUACCCCUCUCCCCAUUGAAGAAGCGCUAGAGGACAAACGCAAGCGCAAACGUCGCAGCCAGAGCCCCGUGCCUACACCGGAAACGAUCGCGAACAAGAAAGCCCGAGCCGAGGAAGCUAGCCCCCGCGUUUUGAUGGAAGAUGGUCAAGAGCCCUCUACUCAAGACCGAGAGACCGUGGAGCCGACCGCAGACCAGAGUGCGCCUGCACCCAAGGGACCUCCGUCUGCGCCGCCAAAGGAUGCGCGUUUCCGGGGUCUCUUUGCUCCCACCCGACCAGCGCCCGCUCAAAUUUCUCCUCCGACCGAGGACGUUGCAAUGGAAGAUGCGGAAGUCGAACCAGCCUUACACCCCGCUACUGCUGCUAUCUACAUUGAUGGAUUGAUGCGCCCAAUGCUACCGCCGGUACUCCGCACACACUUGGUUAGUCUCGCUACCGCACCUGGCUCCGAACCCAACCCCAGCGUCAUCAAGGACUUCUUCCUCGAUGCCAUCAAGACCCACUGCUUCGUCAGUUUCUCCGACGUUGCCGCCGCAUCGCGAGUCCGCGCUGCCCUGCACAACACUAUAUGGCCUAAAGAGCGCAACCGCAAGAUUCUUCGAGCCGACUUCAUCCCUGAAGACCAGGUCCCUGAAUGGAUUCGUACCGAGGAGGCAUCCCACACCCGUGCUGGCCCGCCUGUUCGUUGGGAAGUGCGAUACGAGCCUAGUGAUGAGGGGAUGCGUGCUAUCCUUGCGGAAGCCGAGGCGGCACACCCACGCGCAGCACCGCCACGAACACGAGAGGCUGGUUUCAAUAGGACUCCGCCUCUGGGUCCACGCGGCAGUGUUGCGCAACCGGAUCGCCGGCUGUCAAAUGCCCCACCUCCGCCAUCAUCGCGACCCGGGCAAGGCUUCAAGCCUCUGGAUGAGCUUUUUGAAUCCACAACUACGAAGCCUAAGCUAUAUUACCAACGCGUUCCUCGCAAGGUUGCCGACAAGCGCUUAGAUCAAUUUGAUGAUUUGUUGAGCAAGGGUUCAUUCCCGCGCCGUGGGGGUGACGAGAUGCGACGCAUCACUUUUGAAGAUGAUGAUUACUUUGUGGAUAUUGGACCGGAAUAUGGACCCAAAGCUAUGCAACGCCGACAAGGACGGGGAGGACGGCCAGGAGGUGGAGGUGGAGGAGGAGGUCGACGACGUAAUUAA